UUCCUGUUUUCCAAGGCUCUAUCCCGUUGAAAUAUCUUUGAAAGCAACUUGGAAAUCUAAAACCGUUCUCGAUUCUUCUCUCCUUUUCCUCUCCACCUCUGGUUCUCUCAAAAUAAAUCUUCGUACCCUUUGUUUCAUCUACUGUUCGAGUGAAGCCGUAACAGUUGAUCUCCAGCACCGGAUCCCUGCGAUUCAAGGCGGUUCAGUUGCUAAUGCUCAAAUCUGUUUCUUCUUGAUCUCCAGCUGUUUGUUCUCGAUUCCGUUCACAUUCAGUCCAGACCUAAUUUUACCUGCUCAAGAACAAGGCUCCGAUCAUUUCUACUUGACCUCUGCAACUUCGAUCUCCUCUCUCCUUCGGGAAAAGUCCAACUGAAAUUCCAGAAGUUACAAAUCUGAGGAAGGAAAAUUGAAGUUUUCAACAUAAAAAUUUUGGGUUUUUUACAGCUCUGAGGAAGGAGAAUGAUUGUUGCAGAGGGGAAGGUUCUAGAGGUUGAGAGAGACAAGAUUUUGUCAAAUUGGUUUACAAUUUUUUUUUUGCAGAUCUGAGGAAGGAAAAUUGAAGCUGUCAACGUAAAAAUUUUGUUUUUUUUAUAGAGAUUAAGCCAUAGAAAUCUGGGGUCACAUGCUGCAAUCUGCUAGAUUUUUCGGAGUUGCUGCUUUGCUUGGAGCUUGGAGCUUGGAGGAGGUGCACUUGAAAGAGAAGAAAGGAAGGUUGGAGGAUGUGGAUAAGGGCAUUUAAGUAAUUUUAUUUUUUAAUAUAUUAACUGAUUAAAA